AUGAAGACAUCAGUGGCAAUCGUAGCAUCCGUUCUGUUGGCCGGCGUAGCCCUCGACGUGACCGCCUUCAGCGUUUACAGCCAGAGAGAAAACGGUGAGUAUUAUCAUCAUCGCACGUCAUCACUGGCGUUUUGUUUUUUGAAAAAACAUCCCCCCCCUUCCCGAAAAUAGAGACUGUACUGCCAGGGCCGGAAUAAGCCCAAGUAUAGUCUAUCGAUGAACGCAAUGGUUUCAUAUAGGUCGCCAUUUUAAACGUAGCUCUUUACGCGUUUUAACCCCAAAAAUAAUUUAAAUAACUCACACGUAUACAAUAUACAUAUAACGAUCUGAAUUAUUGUUAUUUCGAUUAGAAAAUUCGCAAUGGCCGAGUAUGACGCAAAGAGUCAGGUCCCAGUCCAGUUCAGACGUAUCUCCAAAUCAGGAGCAUACCGUAAAUCUGGGUGAAUUCGACGACGAAUACAUCAACGACAACAAUAAAAACCACCACGGACCAAUGCGGAUCAACAAGGAAUACGCCGUCGAAAAAAUCAACCGUUACCAGACCAAUGGAAAUGACGAGUCGUCGAUGGAAUAUUCGUUGUACAAACGACAGCCCGAAGGUCGCAGAUAUCACACAGCUUCCAGCGGGAUCACCAAGAAGAUCGUCGACAAGAUCACGGCCAUUCAGAAAAUCGCCAUUGAUCGCUCGGCCGAACAGAUCGACCACCUCAACAGGGAUAUCGAAAUCAACAAGAGCGUCAUCAAAAUGUCGGGACACAACUUCGUGACGUUCUACAACGCGACCAUGAAGAACCUCGAAGCCGGCCAUUUGGAAUCGUUGUACAUCAACCCCGGCCGCGACACCGUAUACGUGCUGUACAAGUUCGACCAGCUCAAGACCGUCGGAUCGUUCAAGUCGAACGACGCCUACUUCAAGUCCGGUUAUUAUACGAUCGUUUUGAACAAGAUCAACAGCACCGUGACGACAGGUUUCGAAAACAAUCUGCAGCGACCGGCCCUGGAACCGGCCAAGUUCCUCUACGCAGACGCCGACAUCGUGACCGAGAACGGUACCGAGACCCAAGCGUUCAACGACGCUCUGGAGCACCGUUACUUGAGAGUGCUGGGAAACGCCGUGUGCAACGAAGUGUUACAGUCCACCGGUCGCGGUAUGGUCGCGCAAUUGAAAAACGAAAUCCGCAAACCCAUCGCGAUCGCCCAGAACGCCGCCGAUAACAAGGCCAAGCUGUUCGACAUGAAGUGGACCGAAGACGAUUUCUCUAUGGAAAUGUCCAACGUCGGGUUCAGGGACUCGACAGCAGUCAGCCAACAGGCCGACCGGCUUUUUAACUCCGUGGUUUUCCAACGCAAGUCCGAGAACGCGUACAGCAUGGGUUACGACUUCGUCUUGACCGGUUUGGAAUGGACGUCGGUACUGACCGUCGAGUAUGCCGGUAACAAAAUGAACACCCGUCCGACCAACUUCAAAAUCGAAAAAGUCGACCUCCGCGUGACCGUAUUUAAAUCGCUGGACCGACCGCAACAACAACAGAACAGCGAAUGCGAAAAAGUCAACACCGAUAUCGAGAUAACCGGUUUACAGUACGAAUUCGACGACGAGAUGGCCGCAGUUCAAUCCGAACUCUUGUCUCUGGCCAAGGCUAAGCUCCAACGUUACAUGGUACGCUCUUUGGAAUCGCACUUCCAAAAUUCCGUGAAGCAAGCGAUUUGCAAUCACAACAACAACAACAACAACAACAACAACAACUACUAA